AUGGUUACCGGAGAGGAUUGUUCUUGCGCCGACACGACGGAACCUUCCAAUUUAACGUCCUUGCGCUCGGAUGACGCUACCUCAGCCAUAAAUUCUGAUGUAAAUGCGGUCUGCACCGAGACGGUCGAUAAGAGAAACGACGCCGUUGAGAAACCCAAAGAAACGGACUGCAAGUGUUCCGAUGCAUCACUGGUCGCAACUUAUUGCGUAGCCGCGGCAGCCGAUAUCCCGUCUACGGUCCCAGGAAGAUUGGAUCGCCAGUCGCAGCGGAAGAAGUCGAAGAGUCAGCCACCUGCGACGCAACUUAAAUCGAGUUUCCCGUGCCAUUGUCAUAGUCACAAAAUCAACGGCUACGUUCUGCCUGUGAAACUCAAGGAAGAUAAACCGCAAUCGCGUCCGUUCUGGAGCCGCUGGAAACGGCCGAGAAACGGCAAGAGGGACAAGAUGUAUGAGAUAAAGCUGAAACAAGUUCAGUGUCCUCACUACGCCAAGCCGCGUCUAAACGGCACGCCUAAACAACACCUCGACGCAUUGCAACCGCCGCACGAAUUUCAACCCUUCGUUUCUCGCGAGGAACUGUCGGAAGGGAUACCGAGUAAAAACGCCAAGGACGAGACCGGCAAACCGAAACCACUUAAAUAUCCAACGAAAACGAAACUCAAGAAGGAGGAAAUAGCGGAGAAGAUCGAGAUCUACUAUUUUGACCAUGGAAGCUCCGCAUAUUAUCGAACAACUGAUUGCCAUCCUGUACUAAUUACGGACAAGUGCGCCGAAAAGACCGAUCAGGCAGCGACCCGCUUUUGGGCGGAGAUCUUCGGCACGAUUCACAUCGGUAUCGCCUUCGUCACGGCCUUUAUUCUGCAGCUCCUACGCUUUGUGCUCUACAGCGUAAUCCGGCCGUUGACAGUGGGGAUACUUCAAUUGAUAGCGGAUUAUUUUGUGAAACCACUGCUGUCUAUUUUGUUUAACGCCCUCGUGCAACCUGUAUUGAUUUUGUUCUACAAUAUCGCGACGUCGUUGAGGGACCUCUGCGAACCAAUAGCCGAGGCGAUGGGCCUGUUCCUGAGGGAAAUCGCGAAUCUCUGCGCCGCGAUCAGGCUCGUGGAGGUGAAGCACGUUCACGCCCCGACCACUGCUACUUGA